AUGACAAGAGGAGAUUUCGUACACCCCAUCCUGAGUGUCGACAGUGGAUUAAAUCAUACUGUCCAUGAAAUUUGGAUAGACCCGUUACCUCAACAUGAGGAAACUUGCGAGCCAUUUCGAUACACCUAUCCAUUCCUUGUUUCAGCUAUUGUGAUGGUGGAUCCUUCCUCCACACGUUCCAUCACAAGAAUACCUGACGGAGAGUUUGAAUUUUUGAGAGUUUACUAUGACAAGAAGCAGUGGAGAGAGCGUAUCGAAGCACUUCGAGCCACCCAGACGCCAGACAUGAUCGCAUUAGCCACUGUGGAGGGCUAUGAUAUGAUAGAAAACCUAUAG